CAAGCAAUCCCCUCUUCCGUUACGCUGCGCCCGCGUCGCUCUGCAAAUAUUCCCCACUCCUCUGCUCGACGGAUCUGUAGCCCAAACCCGAACCCGCCUCCAAACCCUAGCCUCCACGAUGUCGGCAGCAGCCGUCGCGCCGACCCCUUCCGCGGCCCUCCCGGCGGCGCCCCCGCCAUCCUACCCUGCCACCGCCCUCACUUCCGCCUCUGCCGGGGCCGCCGAGGAUGACGACGAUCUUUACGGCAAGCUCAAAUCGCUCCAACGUCACAUGGAGUUCGUCGAGAUCCAGGAAGAGUACGUCAAGGAUGAACAGAAGAACCUAAAGCGCGAGCUUCUGCGCGCCCAGGAGGAGGUGAAGCGGAUCCAGUCCGUGCCUCUCGUCAUCGGCCAGUUCAUGGAGAUGGUCGACGGAAACAACGGCAUCGUUGGAUCCACCACCGGGAGCAACUACUACGUGCGGAUCCUCAGCACCAUCAACCGCGAGCUGCUCAAGCCGUCGGCGUCGGUUGCCCUGCACCGCCACUCCAACGCUCUCGUCGACGUGCUGCCCCCCGAGGCGGAUUCCAGCAUCUCGCUGCUCGGGUCAUCCGAGAAGCCCAACGUCCUUUAUUCGGAUAUUGGUGGCUGUGAUAUCCAAAAACAAGAAAUUAGGGAGGCUGUUGAGCUUCCAUUGACACAUCAUGAGUUGUACAAGCAGAUUGGUAUUGAUCCUCCAAGAGGGGUGCUUCUCUAUGGUCCUCCAGGCACAGGCAAGACCAUGCUUGCCAAAGCUGUGGCACACCACACCACUGCUGCUUUUAUCAGAGUUGUUGGUUCAGAAUUUGUGCAGAAGUAUUUGGGUGAGGGCCCAAGGAUGGUUCGGGAUGUAUUCCGUUUAGCAAAAGAGAAUGCACCGGCUAUCAUAUUCAUUGAUGAGGUUGACGCUAUAGCCACUGCUCGUUUUGAUGCCCAGACUGGCGCUGACAGAGAAGUUCAGCGUAUUCUGAUGGAGCUACUCAAUCAGAUGGAUGGGUUUGACCAGACAGUUAAUGUGAAGGUUAUAAUGGCGACCAAUCGGGCAGAUACCCUAGAUCCUGCUCUGUUGCGUCCAGGAAGACUUGACAGGAAGAUUGAGUUCCCUCUGCCCGAUCGUAGGCAGAAGAGGCUUGUUUUCCAAGUUUGUACUGCUAAAAUGAACUUAAGCGACGAGGUCGACUUGGAAGAUUAUGUUUCCAGACCAGAUAAAAUUAGUGCUGCUGAUAUUGCUGCUAUUUGCCAAGAAGCUGGUAUGCAUGCUGUCCGCAAAAAUCGGUAUGUUAUCCUCCCCAAGGACUUCGAAAAGGGUUACCGCACCAACGUGAAGAAGCCUGAGACAGAUUUUGACUUCUACAAAUGAGGCCACAAACUGUUAAACAGGAUGCUUAUUUCCUACUGGCGACUUGAUCAGCACUGGAGAUAAAUAUGUGGAUAGUCGCCUCUGUCUCGUUAAUGUUCCUGUACCCUUAAGGAUGAUGCAUGCCCUCAUCUAUUUAACCAGAUUCAGUUAUUUCAAGUCGUGCUUCUGCUUGGAAGGAUAGAAGGGUUUGCACGUUCAAUCUGACCAGUGUUGUUAAAAACUAAUAUGGCUCGUCUGUACUGUUCCUUAUGUUACUGCUAAAAUUUCCCGUUUGCAGUACGUUGUGCUUAUUUUGUAUAGUUAAAUUGACUUAGGUUUUCUUUAGUCAAAA